AUGGCUAAGAAACAAUACGCAUGGUGUGCAGUACCAGAAUGCACAAGAAGAUUUGAAGAUGAUUUAGAAGACCGGUGGUUGCAAUGGAUUCAAGCAUGUGGAAGGCUGGACUUGGAACCAAAAGGCCCAGAAUAUGCCAACCGUAAUUGUAAAUUGUGCCAUUUACAUUUUGAGAAGAAGUGGUACAACAUAAAUAAAAUAAGAGCUCGUCUUCAUCCAGAUGCCAUACCAACGAUAUUUUUUGGGCCAGAUUGUCAAAAAAACAUAGAUGGAGAAACAAAUAAGUCAUCAGAGGAGAAAGACGAGUACGCGAAUGAAAUGGAAGGCGAGAUGACAAAUGGAGAAGAAACAAAUGGCAAUAUGGAAUGUGAAGAACCAUUGCCAAUUGUAGCUAAUAAUGUGGAUGCUGAGAUAGUUAAACCGAGUACAUCCAAAGAAGCGGCUACCAAAUCGUCGGAGGAUAGCCCAAGAAAAAAGAAGUUACGAAUGAAGCUCGCACAAUAUAAGGUGCAAAAUAAAGCCCUCAGAGAAAAAGUCCGGCGACUUUGUUUGAGGGAAAAGAAAUUAAAAAAUUAUAUACAAGGCAAAGAAGAAGUCGACGAACGAGAAAUGCUGAAGAAAUUAGGCCUCCAAGAAAUUAUAAAGAACUGA